AUGGAGGCACCGAGUGCCUACAAGUACACGGACAUAGUCUUCGAAAUAAGGGGCCAGAUUGGACUAAUCAAGUUCAAUCGACCUAAAUCUCUGAAUUCGAUUGGAGGUAAUCUACGGAUUGACACUCUGACUGCUCUAAGAGUACUCAAUGAGCAUCCCGAUACCACUUUCACCGUCAUCACAGGCGAAGGGCGAUUUUUCUGCAGUGGGGCAGACGUCCUACCGGAAGGAAACCGGUCUGAGCAAUCAUAUCCAAGUCAAGCUGGAAAGAAAGCUGCCUAUAUGGCCCGAUUCGCGGAAGCUGUGGAACUCUUGCGCUCAAUGAUCAAGCAUAAGAAAGUACUGGUGGUUGCGUUGAAUGGACCUGCCGUGGGUGCAGGCGCUGCAUGGUUCCCAGCCGUCGCCGACAUCCUGUUAGCAUCCGAGUCGUCCUAUCUACAGACGCCUUUCAGUCAACUCGGCCUGGUUCCCGAAUUCGGGUCCGCAACCCACUUCACACACUCCAUGGGUGUACAUCGCACCAAUGACUUCUUCAUGUUUGGCCGCAAAUGCUCGGUCGAAGAACUAACCCAGUGGGGUAUCGUCAAUCGAGUUUUCCCAGCAGCUAAUUUUCACCAGAACGUUCAGGCAUUUCUCGAAGCACAGCUUCGCGUGAAUGACGGGAAAAGUAUGAUGGAAGCAAAGAGGUUACAGAAUGCUCCACUGAUGAAUCAACGCCUGCUGGCUGUGCAUGAGGCUGCGGAUGCAUUGGCGGAACGAUUCGUGGAGGGUGCUCCCACGAAGAGGUUCCAGCAACAGAUAGACAUGCUUCGCGGUAGGUCUUUCGGAAAUUAUGCAAUUCCACUCGCCGUCCUUGAGCUGAGCAGGCAAUAG